UAUAUGGAGACGCACACAUCCUUAACGCAAAAUAAAACCGGUAUAUUGUGAUCCAGUAGCAAAGGGGAAACAACCGUUUGGAUUAAUUUUGCUCGGUUUACUCGGCUCGCGCUGAAGAGUCGUUUGUAAGGAACCGACUCCGUUGCGAGUCAUCGCCCUGACUCGUGUGGGCUUUGAGUUGUUUCACAUGGAGCAAAGUUAGAAUGGAUGUGUGUCGGGGCUGUGAGUUAAGAAACUAUGAAAAAAGAUUAUUUGUGUAAAUGCAUUUGGAGUGCAGAAGAUCUAUCAUAAACGAUUUGAGAUGAAGAAGGACAUUGACACGUUAAUAGCUGAAGAACGAGCUGAGAUCAUCACAAAAUAUGACAAGGGCAGAACGGAGGAUGUUCACAUCAACCCUUGGGAGGAUGCCAACUACAAUGUCUACAAGAUCAUGGACCGCUUCGGCUUUCUGCAUGAGAAGGAGUUACCUACACCGAGUGCAGAGGAGGAGAAGCAUAAAAUUCAGGAGAUGGAAAGGGUGGGAAAAUGGCUUAAGAUGACAAAAAACUGGAACAGAUACCAUAACAAUGAAAAGCUGAUAAAGCGCGUGUAUAAGGGGAUUCCCCUGCAGCUGCGUGGUGAGGCCUGGGCUCUCCUGCUGGAACUGGAGAAGGUGAAGCAGCAAAAUCAAGGGAAAUAUGAGAAAAUGAAGGAACAAGCCAGAAACUUCUCGACAGAAAUUAAGCAGAUAGACCUGGACGUCAACAGGACUUUUAGGAAUCAUGUAAUGUUUAUGGAGAGGUUCGGAGUCAAACAGCAAGACCUAUUUAAUGUGCUGGCAGCAUACUCUGUGUACAACACGGAGGUGAGCUACUGCCAGGGCAUGAGCCAGAUCGCAGCUAUUCUCCUGAUGUACAUGCAUGAAGAGGAUGCAUUCUGGGCGCUGUCUCAGCUUCUCACCAAUCAGAAGCAUGCUAUGCAUGGAUUCUUUAUCCCUGGCUUCCCUAAACUGCAACGCUUCCAGGCUCAUCAUGACCAGAUCCUGGCUAAACUCCUUCCAAAGCUUAAGAAGCACUUGGACAAAGAACAGAUGACUACUGGCAUAUACACAACCAAAUGGUUCCUGCAGUGUUUUAUAGACAGGACACCAUUCACGUUGACGCUGCGUCUCUGGGACAUUUACAUACUUGAAGGAGAAAGGAUUUUGACUGCCAUGGCUUACACAGCUCUUAAAAUCCACAAAAAGCGUCUGUUGAAGAUGCCUUUGGAGGACCUGCGAGAGUUUCUGCAGGAGAGCAUCUCGUCCUCCUUCCAUAUGAACGAUGAUGUCGUUAUAGAGCAGCUGCAGAGUUCCCUGUCUGAGCUACGAAAAAUGAAGCUGGAUCUUCCUCCUGAAUCUAAAGGUGAUGAAUUACCAAAGAAGCCUCUGGGUGUAGAACGUCCAAUUGUGCUAACCCCUAUAACCCCUGUUGAGCCAGCUAAUAAUGCUAAUCCUGACAAAAAUACCAUCACCAAACUGAAUCAGCCAUCUCCCGUUCUUCCAGUCAAGCCUCCCAUUCCUCCAGUUAAGCCUCCCGUUCCUCCAGUCAAGCCUCCCGUUCCUCCAGUCAAACCAGUAUUCAUGUUCACCGAGGUAGAGUCCCCUAAACGCCAAACCUCGUGUUCACAGCUUGAGACUGGAAGUUCGGAGAUUAGUCCUGUAGAGGAGAGGCUGCGUUCCUCUUCUACUUGUAAUUCCCUUUCGCCGGACAACCGAGAUGCCAUUUCCAAGGCAGAUUCAUGUGAAUGGCCUCCUCCAUACCUGCCCUCUGAGACUGAUGCAUACAGUGUAGAAUCCCUAAAUCUCCCUGAACUGCCUCCACCUCCCCCACCCUGCCUCGAGCUUGAGACAGAGUCUGGGGUUGAGCUUUCACCUUCGGGGGAUUCGCUCCCAUUAGUGCCAAUGCAACUGGACCUCAUCCAGGAAGAUCUGUCUACAUCACCGUCGUCCUACAGAGCACAGCGACAGUUCGGCAAGUUCCCGGUCAAUUUUUACAUCCCAGGGUCCCCGGGUGCUCGGCGGCCCUCAGAACAGUCCCAUUAUGACAAUCUGUCUGAAGAAGAAGAGCAGUCUGGAGAAAAGAUUCCAGAAACCAGGGCAAAUCAGGAGAACGGCAGCUUUACUUCUCAGCCCUGGCCUACUCCGCCUAGCUUUUUUUACAUUCCCGUAUCGGAACCGGCUUCACCGCUAAAGCUCGCCACGGAAUACCUUAGUGCUCAAGGCUGUGUGACUUCAAACUGCACUUUCCUUGAACCCCCUCCCGAGCUUGUGGGCCAGUCGUCCACCGCUUCUUCUCCUCGGUUGUCUUGCAAACCUGUCCAAGCUGCGCAGAACCACAAUAACGCUUGCAGGAAUCAACUGCCGUCUCCCAGACUACCAAUAAAACCUGCAGGACUUUCCUCUGGACCCACAGCGGUGUGUGCUGACUUGAACCGGAUGCGUGUCCCAAAUCGCCAACCGCCAAAGCCAGUGACCUUCCUCUAGUGUUCCUCACAGGAAACUGUGCACAUUUUUUUUUUUUUUUGUGGCAUUGCAAUAAAAAGAGAACAAAUGACAUUGAGUUGUGUGUCUGACAGUUAGGACAAGCCCUUUUUUUGUCACCUUUUGGUGUUUGAGAAAUUGUAACUCAUUUUGUGUUUAGGGAUUUCUAAUGUAGCAUACAGUAUGUGCAUGUUUGUGCACUUAAUUCAUGUCUGUCUGUGCACAUUUCUGUGUGUGUCUGUGUGUGUGUGUGUGUGUGUGCGCGUGUUUAAGGAGCAGCAGUUAUAUUCUUAGCUUCUCUUGCUUUUUGUCACGCAUUGUUCCUAUUUUUUACCAAUAGUAAGUCAGUUGUCAGUAUUUAAACUCCUGAUUUGUUUACAAUGCGAGGGAAAAAAACUAAAUUAUUACAAGGGUGCCAUUUAUUUCUUGUGUACAGUAACCUUACACAGUAAUACUUUUAGCAUAAUCUGUAGCGCACACUUCAUUAAUAGCUUACAAAUCUAAGGGUUCUUUGAAACAUUUUGAGUAUGUAUGUACAGUGGUUGUUUUGUGUUCUUUGUUUCAUGAAAAAAAAAAAAAACAACGUAAAAUAUAAAACACAUACUUUACUGUAAAAUAUAAGUGGCCAUUGUGAGAAAAGAGCUUUGAAGGUGAUGUGUUGUCAUGCUUAUGGUCAGGAUUUACACAUGAAUGUUCAGUAGUGCCAUCUUGUGGCAGACUUAGGAUUGUCUUCAGGGAAUAUUUUUUUCUUUUAAGCACAGUCGAGUAGAGUAGUCACAGUAUCACUUUAAAAUCACCAAUCUCAAACACUUUCUUUAACUUCUCAAUCCUGGAAUCAGUUACUGUACAUCUUUUUGAUAUGUGCAUAAUGUCGAGCAAUUGGUCUUUCUGUAUAUACAAUUGUUUGCAUGAGUUUUUUUAUUAUUACAAGAAAUAUUUAAGAUUGUUCAGUA